UAUGUAAAGAACACAUAUAUGUAAUCAAUUAAGAGAGAAAAAAUGAUUUAAAAGGUUGAGAAUUAAUUAACCAAACAGCCAUACAUAUUAUUCCUGUUAUUUGGCAUUAAGUUCUGGCACUUUUCAAGUAUGACUUCUUCUCACCGGAAAGGCAAUGACCAUUCAACAUUUACGAGCGAAUCGCCUCAUUUCUUCAAGAUAAUUCUCCCAGAGACCCUUCGGGAUGGCAAACUUGGAAUUCCCACGAAGUUUGUGAAAAAAUAUGGAAAUGCAAUGUCAAGCCCAGCACUGCUCAAGGUCCCAAAUGGUGAAAUAUGGAAGGUAGAGCUAACAAAAGCUGAUGGCAAAGUUUGGCUGAAAAAUGGCUGGCAAGAAUUUUUAAAUCAUUACUCUCUGGAGUACGGGCAUUUUUUGGUUUUCAGAUAUGAAGGGAAUUGCAAUUUCCAUGUCAUCAUAUUUGAUAGGAGUGCUUCAGAGAUAGAAUAUCCAUACACCAGCAACAAUCAUGGGCAACACAAAGAACUUCCGGAAGAAAAGAUUGAGGAAUCUGAAGAUGAUGACUCUAUACAGAUCCUGGAGGUCAUCGCUCCAAGCAGGAAAACAAGAGAGAAAUCGCAUUUGCCAUAUAUUGAGAGCAAUUUGAAGUCUGAAUCUCUGUUUCCACAAUUUAGGCAUGAUGGAUCUCCAGCUAGAAAAGGUGAUAAAAGCACAAGAAGUCGUCAUAGGAUUCAAAAAUUGAAGGCUGAUAACAAGGCUGAGGCCCUUCAGAGUGCUAGAGCUUUUAAUUCUGUAAACCCAUUUUUUCUGCUUGUCAUGCAACCGUCAUAUGUUGGCUUCAAUCCAACGUGUAGACUGGCCAUACCGAACAACUUUGUCAGGAAACACUUGAUGAAAGAGGAUUGUGAGGUAAAUCUUUGCAAUUCAAACGGGAAAACAUGGACUGUCAGCUUCCAUCGCAGAGAAAAGGGGAGAAAGCUCAAUGCAAGUCUACAAAUAGGGUGGAGGACUUUUGCAAAUGAUAACAAUAUACAAGUCGGUGAUGUUUGUGUCUUUGAGCUAAUAAAUUGCAGUGAAAUAUCAUUCAAAGUGUCCAUUUACCAAGGUAAGACUGAUGUCUUUCAUCGAGUGAAAAAGAAUGCUGGAGAAUCAUCUACAGGUCAGGACUACCAGAAACCAUUGAAUGCAUUUGAAAAAGCUAAAGCCAUUCAAAUUGCUAGUGCUUUCAGAUCUGAAAAUCCAUCUUUUGCUGUUGUCUUACAGCCAUCAUAUGUUCAUAAAUUGAGUGUACCAGAGAAAUUUGCUAGAAAAUUUUUCAGCAAGAAGCUCAAAGAGGUCAUACUUCGUCUUUCAAAUGGAAAAUCAUGGCCGGUAAAGUACUACCAACACAGUAUAAGAAAGCUAAGUGCAAAACUUUGUAAUGGUUGGAGGAAAUUUGUUCUGGAUAAUAAGUUAGAAGUUGGUGAUAUUUGUGUCUUCGAGCUGACGGAGGGCAUUGAAACCUCAUUUAAAGUAACCAUUUAUGGGAAACAGGCUAUUGAAGAUGCAAAUUUGGGCUCAUCAUUGGCUGAUAAAAGUACAGAGAACCAAGUUGAGUCCAAGGAAAGCUUGGUGAUUAAUGUGGAUUCUGAUUCGGUGCAUGAUAAAGGAAACAUGAAUCAGGAGGCACAAAAUCUAACUUUUCAGCGGGCUGCGACAUUCAUAGUCUCCCAAGUCCUACCAGGAUUAAAACUUACGUCGGAUGAAGUGAAGAAUGGUAGCUCAUCAAAAUUCGAGGAAAUGGUUUAA